AUGACAUACGACCUUCUCAUGGAGAACGCACUGCACAGUGCAUGGGAGUCUGCCACAUCUCGGCUGUUCAUCUCGUCGGUUACUGCAAACUCGCCUCCUCAACAUGGCACAACGAUCACGGUCGACACGCACAAAAGAUACCAACAGUUCGACGGCAUGGGCUUUUGUGAAGCCUUCCAGCGAGGGACACAGAUAUACGGCGCAGACGGCUUGAGCAGGGCCAACACUGAGCGUGUCCUGGACCUACUCCUUUCGAACACCACAGGGGCAGGUAUGACCAUCUUGAGGAAUGGGAUAGGCUCGUCUCUCACCAACCCGUACGAUCUGAUGAAAUCGAUUGAGACUGUGAGCCCUGCAUCACCCAAUGCUACUCCCAAUUACGGCUGGCAAGGCACUACCAAGCCUGGAUUUGGACUCGACAAUGGCCAGCUCCAGCUUAACAAAGAUGCAAUCGCUAGAGGAGUACGUACGGUCUACGCCGAUGCCUGGAGUGCACCCGGGUUCAUGAAGAACAAUCGCAAUGACUCAAAUGGAGGCUACCUCUGUGGCGUGUCCGGGAUCGAAUGCGAAACGGGUGACUGGCGGCAGACAUACGCAAACUAUCUCAUCCAGUAUCUGAAGUACUAUCGAGAAGAGGGUGUGGCCAUCGACUACGUUGGAUUUUUGAACGAGCCAGAUCUGAACGUAACAUAUGCCUCCAUGCUUUCAUCCGGCCAGCAAGCAGCCGACUUUCUGAAGGUGUUCGCCCCGACCCUCGAAGCAUCCGGUCUCAAGACAGAGAUCGCCUGCUGCGACGGUUCAGGCUGGGAGGAACAACGGAGUCGUCUAGAAGGAAUUCAGCAAGCUGGUGCCGAGUCAACGCUAGGACUAGUCACCGCGCACGGCUAUUCAAGUCCUCUGUCCACUCCCUUCUCAACUUCGAAGCGUGUCUGGCAAACCGAAUGGGCGGAUCUCGAAGGUCCGCAGACAUAUGCUUGGUAUUACAACGGCAGCACUGGUGAAGGCCUGACCUGGGCGAACCAUAUCCAACAGGCAUUUGCUGUCAGCAACGUCAGUGCGUUCUUGUCUUGGAUUGGAGCGGGCAAUACGACGUCGAACUCGGCAUUGAUCCUUUUGGAUGGAGACGAAGUCAAUGUCAGUAAACGACUAUGGGCUUAUGCUCAUUGGGGUCGAACUGUUUCUCCAGACGCGGUGAGAGUGGAUGUUCGUGUCGAGAGCAGCGCCAACGUGACGUCCACCGCCUUUCAGAACGAAGACGGCAGCAUCGCGGUGCAAGUCAUCAACAAUAGCGACAGAGCACAGCAGAUCACCAUAGCCGGUUGGCGGACGAGUCGAUGGAGCUUCGGUGCGGUCAAAUCGUACCUGACCAACAACGACCAUGAUUUCGAUCUCGUGUCGCAGCGAAAAUGGUCUCAAGGCACCAAUCUCGAAAGCGAGAUCCCGGCUUUGAGCAUGAUGACUUUCACGACAGGAGGAUAG